AUGGCCAACUCUACCUGCGCCUGCAGUGAUCUAGCUAAUGCUAAUGAAAGACUAGCCAAAGCCAACAUGACGAUUGAAACACUUAGACGUGACAUUCGCCGGCUACAAUGCGAGGUAGUCAUAAAAUCCCAUAACACCACGUUGAAACACCAAACCAGUAAUACUAGCGCCAACCUAUCUACACUAUCUUUUUUCCCCAGCCACAGCAAACACCAGCCGAAGUCCCCCCCGAAUCCACCGUGCUCCACUCCCGCGCGUCGUAGCUGGACGGAGGUGCCCAAGCCUCUACCACAAAGAGUGCGACCCAGAAGCCGCCGGACCCUCGCUACCCCCAGGCAAAUCACCCGAGAGCAGCCUGCCCAUUCAGAACCCCGGCGACCAUCAACAGUCCUCAUAGGAUCUUCGAUGGUUCGCCACGUAACCCUACGAAACGCCCAGACGUGGUGCCUACCUGGAGCUCUCGUAGCCGAUGUCCAGUCGAAUGUGCCGGACGCGCUGUCACAGUAUCCUACUGCCACAACUCUCAUCGUCCACGCAGGCUCCAAUGACAUCCGGCUGCAGCAGUCUAAAAAACUUGAGUCCGAUUUCCUCUCCCUUAUUAAUACCCUUAGCAGCACUGGAAAAAAAUACGCUAUCUCAGGCCCCAUCCCCUCUGUUUGUUUCUCUGCCUUCCAGUUCUCCCGAAUCCGCCAACUGCACGUCUGGCUGAUGAGACACUGCCGCCAAGAAGCCAUUCCCUACGUUGACAACUUCUCCGCUUUCUGGAACCGCCGAAACCUCUUCGCACGAGAUGGAAGGCACUUAAACAGAUCUGGCGCUCGUCUCCUCGCGACCAACCUAGAGCUGACCCUCGAAGCCCAUCGGUCCUUGGAUUGA